CUGGUUCAUCCAGCACCAUUUAAUAAUCUCAUUCUAGCUACCAAGGAGACAGCCUUCCUGGCUGCCAUCGCCAGUGCCGGCAUAGUGCACGCCAUCACAAAAGGAUGCAACACAGGUAAUCUCACCGAUUGUGGAUGUGACAGUAAGCCAGCAUUGCAGAAAUAUGUGGAAGGGGACCAGACGAGUCCCAUAGGACGACAUGAACAAUUCUCAUGGGGUGGUUGCUCGGACAAUGUCCCAUACGGGCAGAAAUACGCCAGACAAUUCCUGGAUGAGUACGAGAAGCAGCAGUUCGAAAAAGACCGCAAUGUGAGCCAUCUCGUCAUGAAGCACAAUUUCUUGGUUGGUCGAGAGGCAAUAUCGCAAAAUAUUCGACGACAAUGUCGAUGUCACGGUGUGUCAGGAUCGUGUGAGUUCAAAACCUGCUGGCUGCAGAUGCCGAAAUUCAGUGAGGUGGCCGAGAUGCUGAAGAAACGCUAUGAUCACUUCGCCGUUCAGGUUGAGAUGGAUGUGACGAAAAGAGCACGAAAGCGACUGAGACGAAAAGAAAGAAGCGAACGUCAAAACCCAAUUCGUGGCAACGAAAUGGUUUACGUGAUGCGAUCGCCCAGUUACUGCGAACGGAAUGACUCUGCUGGUAUUCUGGCACGACGGGACGAGAAUGCAAGCAUUCGUCGUACAACUCGACAGUUGUGA